AUGGCAGUGCCAUCAGCAUCUCCAGAGGAUUUAACUCCAGAACUGUCCACGGAUGAGUCUGUUGAUCGGGACAGAGAGAGUUCAGAGGACUCGGGGAAAAAGCGCAAAAGGAGGAUCCUGUUUUCAAAGACUCAAACGUUUGAACUGGAGAGACGCUUCAGGCAACAGAGAUACUUAUCCGCGCCUGAGAGAGAACAUCUAGCUCUGAUCUUACAUUUGACUCCAACGCAAGUGAAGAUCUGGUUCCAGAACCAUCGGUACAAAGUGAAACGAGCCCGGGCUGAGAAAGGAAUGGACCCGUAUCUGCUGUCUCCGCGCCGGGUUUCUAUUCCCGUUCUGGUGAGGGACGGAAGAGCGUGCCAUGUUCUCAGUCCUCCGGACAUCACUGCUACUGUUCCAGCAGCGGCACCAUAUACUGCCUUUAAUAUGAAGCAAUUCCCUCAAAUUCAACACAGUCAUAACUUCUGCUCCAGCAUCAUGACACAUCUGACAUCUGUCAGUCAUCUGGGCCACAUGCAGCCGUGGUCCUGGUGA